AUGAACCCUCCACUUCCAUCAUUCACUUCCGUCUGGCACAAUGCGCCCUACGAGGCCAUUUCUCCGUCACGGCCCGAGCUGAACGCGACCGGCAAAACGGUCAUUAUCACUGGUGCAGGCAGUGGAAUUGGUCGCGCCACAGCCGUGGCUUUUGCCAGAGCUGGUGCUAACAAGAUCGUAUUAAUCGGACGAAACGAAGCGCCUCUCGUCGAAACGCAGAAAACCAUCGACUGCAGCAGCUCGGUCCACGCGGCCGACGUCACGGAUGAAAAGGCCAUUACCGAAAUCGCCGCUGCCACAGGAACAUGGGAUGUAUUGAUCCUAGCCGCAGGUUACGUCGCGGGGCCGGCAUCGAUCCGGGAAUCAUCAGUGGACGACUGGUGGAAAAGCUUCGAGACUAACGUCAAAGGGACAAUGAUCGCAUCCAACGCCUUCUUACCGACCGCCAACCCGACACAUGCAGCCGUCGUAGCGCUGACGGCAGCCGUGGUCUUCCCAGCGGCCAGACUCGUCAACCUAUCGGCUUACAUUAGCUCUAAGCUUACCCUCAUCAAGUUGAUGGAGUUCUUGGCCGCGGAGAAUCCGACCGUCUUUGCAGUCGCUCUGCAUCCCGGCAUGGUUGACACCAGCAUUCUUCGGAGCUCGGGCGCGGAUCCCAGCAAGCUUCCCAUCGACUCGGUGGAUCUCCCUGCAGAGUUCAUGGUUUGGUUAACCAGCUCUGAAGCAUCUUUCCUCAAUGGUCGCUGUGCAUGGGCUAACUGGGACGUUGAAGAACUCAAGGCCAAGGCAGAGAAAAUCAAGUCUGGCUUGCUUUUGACUUCGGGCGUUUAUGGCUGGCCUUUUACUUCGGACUAG